UUCGAAAUUCUACAACAUUCAAUCAACACUUAUCUACUACCAUAUCUCCUCAUUAUUUCAUGUUUACUCGGUUCCUGAGACUAUACCCCAGAACCAACCCCCCAACCAUCACCGCCUUCCCCAUCGAAUUCCCCCACCCACUUGAACUGCCAAAAAUGAAGAGAAAUAAUUCCACCCCUCAUCCAACCCAGCAAUCUAUCCCCCGCACACCGUGUGCUGUGCUUGAUUGCGCAGCAUACGCCGCUACCUUUCGCACGGCUUGAAUUGGAUAUCCGAUUCUAUCUGUCCUACUUCUCUGUAUCGUCCAACUCGGAGCUGCCAGUGCCGUUUGCCGCCAUGUCGACCAAUGACGCCGUGUUCCAUAGGCGGAAUAAGCAAAUCGAAGAUGCCAUUGACGUUGGGAAUCUGAAACAAGCGCUGCAGCUGAUUGAGAAGCGGAUCAAGAAGGGGGAGGAUACGUCUUUUCUCAAAGCAUGGAAAGCGCACGUUCUUCACCGUCACGCCGACGACACUCACCAGCAGCGAGGUAUCACGGAGACACUCGCGCUGUGCAGAGCCGAGCCGGCGGUUACGGAUCUCGACACAUUAGAUAUCCUCUAUGAGACGCUGCAAAGAGUGGGCGGGCACGAAGAUACUAUGAGGAGUAUUUGGGAACGGGCCGCAAAGGCGAAGCCGCAAGAUCUUGACAUCCAGACGAGGUGGUUCGAGUAUGCUUUUGAGAAAGAUGACUGGAAGUCGGCACAGAAGGCUGCCAUGUCUCUGCAGAAUAACUUCCCCAAGAAGCGGAACUACUAUAUCUGGGCUAUCUUCCUCUGUUAUCUUCUCGCUGUCGAUGAGGAGAGCUCAGAUAUGGACCGUAAACUCUUUGGAACGCUGGCUUACCGUAUGGUUUCGAAGGCUGCUGAGAGUGUUCCGUCUGAUCCGAAAGAAUUGCUGAGCCCUCCUAGAGCUAUACAGUCAGCCGAGGAGCUGUUGCUACUUGUUAAGAUCUACGAGUCUCAGGGACGGCAUUCCGAGAUCGUCAAGAUCCUUGAUAGCGAAAACCUUGGCAUCAAGUCAAAAAUGGUGCAGAGUGACUGGUCCUUCAUUGGCGUGAAGCUUUCCAGCUUAGAAAAAGCAGAGAUGUGGGCUGAAGGCUUGUCGUAUACCAAAGAGCUCCUCGCUAUUCCCUUUACUGAGGAGGAGAAGAAAGCUAUCCAGGAACGCGACGACUGGGCCGUUUGGCACUUGCUUGUCACUGCAACUCAAAAGAUCAACUCCUCAGGGACAACAUCGGAGACGCAGAAGUUCAUAUCUGAGUUCAUUGCGGCCCAGCCCAAGUCUAGGAAUGCACAACUUGCCCACCUCGAUCUGACACAUUCAGGCUUCCAAUCCGGAUCAGUAAUGCAGGAGGAUCUUCUGUCCGCAUGCCAAGGUUACUUUGAUCACAGCAAGAACAAACUUUAUUGCUUCAGUGACAUCCUCGGGUAUAUCCCCUCCUUAAAUGAGGAAUCGGUUGUAAAACUCCUAAACUAUGCGUCCCAGAACUCGGAACAGAGUGAGGGAUCCGGCCCAUUUAAAGGCGUUGCUGUGAUUAACGCUUUGAAGCUGGAGUACUGCUUGAUGUCUUCCAAUGCAGCUAAGGUUUCAAGAGAGAAAGUAGAGGAUUUUGUUUCCCGAUGUCUAAAAGCCUACCGCAAAGCUGAGCGCCCUAAUCAGAGUGAUGCUCCAUCAACCAUCGAAAGCCAGCCUAGCGAUGACCUAUGCGUCCUUGCAGCGAUGGGGCUGGUUCGCUUCAGCAGCAGCUGGUCUCCGAGCAAACAGGAGGAAAUCCCGGAUAUUAUGCUUAUUCGUGCAGCUGCCAUCUUGGAACGCUUGAUUGUCGAUUCUCCCCAUAACUACCAAUGCUUGCUUCUUCUUGUCCGGCUAUACCUCCGGCUAGGUGCUGGCUCGCUUGCAUUGAAAACGUUCAGCAAGCUUUCUGUCAAGCAAUUGCAGUUCGAAACUGUUGCCCACAACCUCUUUACGCGCCUAUCAACAAUCCAUCCACACUCAGCGCCACCAAUUGACGGUGCAGAAUAUAAGGACUUUAAUCCGCAAUCAGCCUUUGUGCAAGCUCUGAACUUCUAUAGGAGUGCGGACCUCAUAUCAACGAGGCAACGCUCAAAGGGUCUGGAUUACGGGAGUUAUGUGAACAUCGAGAGUACUAUUGAGCUUCAGAAGCGUCUCAGACAAAGUGUCUGCCGUAGAAUGUGGGCCCUCAGUGUGAAACAAACACAGAGACUGGCUGGUGGAGAUCCCAUGGGCCGCUUUGACGAUAUAGCGAGGGAUUCAUCGCCACUUAUCGAUCAGCGUACCUUUGAUGCGUUCAUGAACUGUGAAGCUCCUAGUCAACCCACAUUUGAGGAGUUGGUGCGCCUAGGACCGCUGCCGCAGGUAUGUUACGUCCUCUUACAUUCGUGACUGAUACUAAAGACUGCAGGAUCGAUGGGUGAGGUCAGCUCAACUGACUGACAAACUUCUUGGAAUACUCAAAGAUUUGGCCAACCAAAAGCCUAUCUCAGUAGCACCCGAGGUGCCCAGUCUGGAUGACCUUGUCGGGACCAGCGCUGAAUCCGACAUGACCAUUCCAGAGAUUGAGGGUACCAAAACCAACCUCAACCUGCUAAAGCUGGCUGUAUAUCUAAGCGGCUCGAAAUCUGUCACCACGGAGCAAGUAGACGAAAGUCUAAACCAAGUGGAAGAAUGGUUGAAUUCCAAAUUGAAGGCUGUCGAGGCAGAGGGGACGACCGUGUCGCCGCUAGUUUCAGAAACGGCGAUCUUCCUCCAGUCAGAUACGCCAUACGCUCCAACCUGGCGAUUCUUCCACACCAUCUACAGCGUCCUGGACUCAGUCAAAGCCGCCGCCUCUUUAUUCUCCAUCGCAUCCAAAAAAGGAUUAAAGAACGCCAAACUUCCCAAGGAUCGUGUUGCAAGCUUGCUAGAAACGGCUCGCAAAGUACACCAGAGCGCCCAGGGUAAUGCUCGAGCUCUGAAAAAGCACGUUUCAGAGUCGGGGAGGCUUGGCUCCCUGAUUGACUUGGUGACGGCUGGAAGUGGGACUGGGGAAGAUGGUCCACAACUCCGUGGUGAACUUGAGAAGACCCUUGAUACAUCCUCUUUGGAGCUCUUCUGUGGCGAGCUUAUGGAGAGCUGGGAUGAAGCGCUUGGUGGAGUCUUGGCUGUGAGGCUGUGAUAUACUGGAGUAUAAAUAUAUUAACUAGAUCCUUUUUCAGAAGCCUGCUGAAUAGAUAUUCAACUUGCGACUACGGAGUGCUCAUGGCGUGUUAAGACCAAACACCCUACAUUCGUUGUAUGCUCGUAUAUGAGUCGCCACGGCCCUAUCCUCUCUUUAGCCCAUGAGAAUGGAAG